AUGCCUGCGGACGGUACGCUGACGACGCACAGCUAUCCGGUCGCAUGCAGGAAGAAGGGGGAAAGAGGGAAGGAGAGAAGACCGCACGCACACGUGAGCGAGUCGCGUUCCGGGAUAUUGGUAGAGCGGACGAUAGAAUUUUGCACAGAGAAAUGGCCGAAUUCAAUCAGAAAAGAAUUGUACGGCGCGUUCAGCUUUAUACUGGUGUAUGCGGUGCCGGGAUGCAUCGUGGUGGUGUCAUACUCCCUCAUGGGGCGGAGGUUGUGUUCCGUGCUGCCGCCCUUCGAUCAGGCUGAGGGCAGCGCCAACAGUCAACAGCGCCUACGGCUCGUUCGCGAGAGGAAGCGAGUGGCAUGGAUCUUAUUGCUGCUCGCGGUGCUGUUUGCGCUCUGCUGGCUUCCCUACAACAUCGUUCAGCUUCUGAUAGACGUGAAUGCUGUGCAGAUCGACUCCGCGUCGCUCGUACUGCCCUACACAUUGUUAUUAGGGCACGCAAACUCCGCGAUCAACCCGAUAGUGUAUUGCCUUAUGACGCGCAAUUUCCGCCGCUCGCUGCGCAAGCUGAUCUGCCAAGACCCCGGUAACAUACACUCUAGUACUCAUUUUCAUAUGCAAGGCUUACGACAAAAAUCCAACACGUCUAGCAUGCGCACCUGCACCACAGUGACAUUCAGGAGCAGCAACACGCACCUGGGCAGGCAGGCUCCCAGCGUGCAGUACGGGAGGGUCGGGAACUGCCGGGACAACGAGUGGAAGGAGAGACAGAAGCCGCAGUUUCUGUGAAGUAUAUAAAUAAAGUAUUAAUAUUGUAUUUCGUUAAUGUUGUGUAAUAAAAAUUAGAAAAGCACAGUCGCCUUUACCCCCGAAGUGACAGACAAACUGAGGCUUAAGCCGUGGAUGCAAAUACUUCUUUUGCGGUCUUCCGAUAUGGUACUUAUAAUUUAGUUAAAGAACGAACAAACAUAUUCUGUUUUUUUUUUUACAGGUAUUUGUGUCGGAGCUUCUUUAAAUUUUUAUUUUAAUCUUUUUAAUGUUUAGUAUGUAGGACAGGUAAAUAUUUGCGUUCGUUAAAUAUGCACGAAGUGCUCAAGAUUUCGAUUUGUGCUUAAUGUAACUAUCGAGACGACUUCUUCGGGGGUAGAGCCGUGAGUUUAUAUAUGUUAAAGUCACCCAACAGACGCUGUAAGCUAAUUAAACUGGACAACGGACAUAAAAGGGCGAGAGACUUAAUAUAACGCUAUUAUUUUACUGUAAUUUGUUUCACCUAAAUGAAUUAACUAAUCAACUUAUUUGCAUCAAGGGUCGACUAACACACUGAGGUUUAAUUUAAUUUAGGUGAAGCAACUAUCAGAUUUGCAGUAAUUGUACGAAAUAUCAAAAUGUCGCCGCCAUUUUUGUCGUAUGUUUAGUACAGUUGAAAACUACUGCGCGUUACCUUAUUAUCAAGAAUUGCAUGCCACGGUACCCGUAUUAUUAUUUAUUAUUAUGAUAUAAACAUUGAAAUGAUUAAUCAUUUAGAGCUUAAAAAUUAAAAACCACCAAUAUUUUAAGUAUAUUUAAUUAAUGAUUUAACUGAACAAUGUUUUUCCUUUAUUUUUUAAUUAUUGACGUAAGGAAGACAAAAUAGUGAUUAGUUAAACAAUGGUUUAUAUUAUUAAAGUUAAUUUAUUACGUAAGAGAAAUGUACAUAUUAAAGUUAAUCUAGUCUCAAUGCUUAUUGCCUAGUCAUGAUAUGUUAGUUUAAAGGAAAUUGUACUUUAAGCCCAGAUCUUAAUGCCUACUUUAUUUUAAUUGGGGCUUAGAGCAAUACGUUUUGUAGAUCUCCGCGUAAGUACAAAGAGAGAGGCUUAUAUUAUAAAUGUUUAGUAAUAUUAUGUAUAUAUAUAUAUUGUGCCCCGAUUUAUUAUCGCUUUUGGCAUAAUGCCUAGUUUACACAACCAAAAAAUUAUCCAUAGCUGUUAUACGUAUUUCAGUGUAUUAUUAUAUUACAUUGUAUACUUGACUUCAUAUUUCAUUCCUAUUCUAGUUAAAUAAUAAUAGUUUUUUUAUUAAGAUGUAUGUUUUCUUUAUCUACCUUAUCUUGCUAAUAUGAUGAAUGCGAACGUUUAUGUAAACGUUUAAAUGUUUGUAAAAGCUGAAAGAACUUAACGGAUUAAGAUGAAAUUUGGCACAUGGCUAGACCAUGUCCUGGGUUAUCAUCUUAUCUCGAUAAUUUGCUCCCAUGGGAUAUAAUAGAAUUUUUUAAUCUGAUUUUGAAGAUGACACUGAUGUACAAUAAUAUUAUAGGAAGUUUUGUAGCGAAAAAAGGCUUUUAACGCUGGCGAAGCUGUAACAUCUAGUAAUCUAUAAAAUCUUUAAGAUGAUUCAAUAAGAAAUGCUAGUCGAUUAUGUAUUAAAAACGCAUACAAUUAUAUUUAGAGGGAGAAUUAACUAUAAGUUAUUUAUUUGACUAGAUUUUAUUAUAGUUUCACUUUUAAAGUGUUACUCUGCGUCUUUGUUGUACAUAUAUUAUUACAAAAAGAUUUUGUUAACGGUAUAAGAGGAAAUCGGUAAUAAUUAAAAAUAAUAUGGUUAUAUUAUUAUAAAGAAGAAAUGUUAAAUAUUUAUUAAUAGAUAAUAGUAAUUUAUUAUCAAACAUAUAUUUGUUAACCACUGUCACAUGCGACAAGUUAGAGUCUACAGAGAUUACCAUUGUAAUGAAAUUUAUAUUCGGUGUACAGUAAUAAAAAUAUAUGUAAGUUUAAAGGUUUACGUCGAUGUCAGUGGCGGUUGUGGAUUGAAUUCUGCCAACCAAUGUCUUUCAUCAUUGUAUAAUACUCACUUAUGAGGAAAAAUAUUAUAAAAUGAUAUAAUUUAAGAAAAGUUGACGCGUCGAGGUGGUUAUUCGUAAUUUAGCUGGCUACUCGCUCGUAUUAUGUAUGUACGUCAUCCCUGAGUCGUAGAGAGAAAAUAUUACUAUUACUGUAUUGUUGAAUAAAACAGUAUAUAACUUAAACCACAUUCUUUAUUCUCCUGGUCAGGCUGUAAUAAAUUAAAAUCUAACUAACUUAUCAACCUAUUUUAUUUACACAAAUGUUUUUUUUUUAUAAUUUUUUGUGUAUUGUCUUAUGACCCAUAGAAUAACUUAUAUAUAAAUUAAAUCAAUCAGCAUUACUGAUAUAAAAUAACACAUACACACACAAAUAAAUAAUAUUAUGAAGUAACUCUUCUCAAUUUGUAUGGUACAACCGCCACUGAUCAUUAUGAUAUACUCAUACAUUAUUUUAAUCAACGAAUAUUGAAUGUAUUAUGAAACUCAAACUUAAGAAGGAUUGGGUUUCAUGACGAGAUAAUAAUAUUAUAUGUAAAUAAAAUAUUUAAUGAACGCU